UCCUCUCACAUCCCUCGAACGUUUCCUCUCAUGCCAGCCUCAUUUCCUCUCGCUGUCUCGCCUCGUCAGCCAUGGUUGUCGAGGACGAUGUUGACGAUGUUGACGCCCCUCCCUUACGUUGCCAUGCCGCACUUAGUGGCUUAGACUUCUUGCACCACACUAACGCCUCCGAAGUAGAGCCUCUGCCGCUCCAAAAGCGUCGACUCGCUGCUUUAGAAUCCACGCCUCAGCGCGAGUCUAAGCAGCAACAAAUGGGUGUGGGAAAUGGAGGAGGCGAAUCUGCUGGCUUGUCCUCCACCUCCAGAACCCGUGACCUCGUCUCCCACAUCUGCAUCCGCAUUGAUGACUGAGAAGAAUCGUCGUUACCAGUAGAGGCAUAUGCCCUUCACACCUCCUCCUCCCUAAGUUCUCAUGAUUUUCAAAACUUCAGCGGGUUUCUCUUAGAUUUCAGAAUGAGUAUCUAAUCGUGUCUUGUCUUUGUCGCAUGUAUGUCUUUAGGGAGAUGGUGAAAGCCAUGGUUGCUUCCUGGAAGGCGCAGCAGAUGGAGACUACACAGAGCAGUGGGACCUAGAUCACCAGGCCCCCGGGUCUCCAGAGAAACCACACGGACCCCAGGGCAGCGACCGCCCUGGGUCCCAACCCCCAGGGCUUCUACUGUGCCCAACACCCCCAGGGCCCCACCACGGCGACUGCCAGUGCUGCUGCUGCUGCUGCGGCUCAAGGCAGGGAGCCCUGUAGCAUACCUCGAGGGCAUGGAGCUGGGCGACGAGCUCACCAGUAAUGUGGGCCUCCAGGAGCUCGCAAUCCACAUGCUGGCUCACUAGCUGCCGGUGGAGCGCGAGAAGCCAGAGAGAGAAAUCGACCGCCCGGCCUUCGGCGUCCAGCCGAGGGACAGACUCCGACGAGGUCGGCAUGCUGAUAAGGGAGGCGGCGAGGAACUCUAGUAACGAGGAGCAAACUAGUGGGAGGCGCUAGGGGCUGCAAGAGCACGAACGGUGGGAGGGGCAGUGGAUGCUGUGGCCGGAGCGGCGGCCUGGCAGCUGGCGGCUGGCUGCUAGCGGCCGGCUGACCGCGGCAGGGAGCGCGCAGCAGGAAGCAGCAGCGGGUGGCAAGCAGGCGCAGGGGGGCUGCAAGCUGGCAGCAGGGGGUUGUUGACGAGCGGCAGUGGGCUGCUGCAGGGGGCUGCUGCCGGCUGGGAGCAGCAGCAGCGAGCCGCAGCGAGCGGCAGCGGCAGUGGGCGGCAGGCAGCAGGGAGCAGUGGCUGGUGGCUGGCUGGUGGCUGGCUGGCUGCUGGCGGGUGGCUGGCUGGCGGCUGGCUGGCUGGCUGGUGGCUAGCUGGCUGGCGGCUGGCGAGCGGCGGCUAGCUGGCUGGCGACUGGCUAGCUGGCUGGCGGCGGCUGGCUGGCCGGCUAGCUGGCUGGCCAUGGAUGGCUAGCGGGAGCGGCUGGCUGGCUAACAGUGGCUGGCUGGCGGCUGACAGCUAGCUGGCUGGGGACUGGCUAGCUGGCUGGUGGCUGGCUGGCUGGCUAGCUGGCUGGCGGCAGCUGGCUGGCUAGCUGGCUGGCGGGAGCGGCUGGCUGGCUAGCAGCGGCUGCCUGGCUAGCAAGUUGGCUGGUGGCUGGCUGGCUGGCCAGCUGGCUGGCGGCGGCUGGCUGGCUAGCUGGCUGGCAGGAGCGGCUGGCUGGCUGGCAGCGGCUGGCGAGCUGGCUGGGCUGGCUAGCUGGCCAGCUGGCUGGCGACGGUUGGCUCGCUAGCUGGCUGGCGGCUGCUUUGCUGGCUGCGAGCCGCUGGCGGCAAGCUGGCAGCAAUUCGCUGGCGGCGGGCUGGCGGCGGCGGGCUGCUAGCUAGCUGUUGGCGGCGGCGAGCUGGCAGCGUGCUGGCAGCUGCUAGCUAGCAACUUGGUGGCAUGCUCGCAGCGUCUGCUGGCGGCGAGCUGGCUGCAAGGCGCUGGCGGCGAGAUGGCAGCGAGCGAGCAGCACUGAAGGAGCGGUGGGCGGCUGCUGGCAGCGAGCGAGCUGGCAGCAGGCUGGCGACGGCUAGCUGGCGGCGGCUGCGGGCGGCGAGCUGGCAGCGGCGAGUGAGCUGCUGGCGGCGGCUGCUGGCGGCGAGCUGGCAGCGAGCGAGCUGGCGACAAGCUGGCGGCAGCGAGUUGCGAGCAAACUACUGGCGGAAAGCUGGCAGAGGCGAGCGGUGAGCAAGCUGCUGGCGGCGGCUAGCUGGCGGCGAGCUGGCAGCGACUGGCGCGCUGCCGGUGGCGGCGAGCUGGCAAUGGCUGGUAGGCAGGCUGGCUGCAAAAUGCGGGCAGCGCGAAGGUAAGGCAGCAGCCUCGGACUAGAGCUUAAGCUAGGGCGCAGGCUAGAGGAAUAGAGGAAAGCCUAAUUAGGGCUAAGGAGGUAAGCAGGGGUGGGGGGGGAGUGGGUAGUGCCUAGGGUGGAAGCAUGACGGCUAGGAGCGAGACCUAACUCUAUACCAUGUCGAGAGAGAAGUUGACUAGGCAAGGCAAAGCAGUUGGGUAUAUCUGAGUGCUGUACCCUUUAAGGGCUGAUCCUAGCUAGGCUACUGUACCAGUAUAUAUAUGUGUAUAUGCCU